AUGAGUAAUAAAUCCCAGAGAGAAAAGCAGAAGCAGCCCUGGUGGCUAGGCGGCGCCGCUGCGUCAAUGGCAGUAUGCUUCACACACCCACUAGACCAGACAAAAUACCGCAUGCAAGUAAUGCACACGCGAGCCCCCAUGCUCAAGACCCUAUCCACCUUUGCAGCAAGAGACGGCAUCCCCUCCCUCUGGACAGGCCUCUCAGCCUCCAUCCUCCGCCAAUCAACCUACAGCACCGCCCGCUUCGGCCUCUACGCCAUCCUGACCCAGCACCUGAGGUCAACAUCCGCAUCCCCCAGCGGCCAGCUCUCCUCCGCAACCAUCGGCGCCGCGGCCCUGGCCGGCGCCGCGGCCGGGGUCAUCGGGAACCCGGCCGAGGUCAUCCUGGUGCGCAUGUGCGCCGACGGCGCGAGGCCCCCCGGCGAGCGGCGCCCACCAAACUACUACCCGGACGCCGCGAGGGGCCUGUGGCGGAUCGCGCGCGACGAGGGGCCCGCCACCUUCGCGAGGGGCCUGGGCCCGACGGUCGUGCGGAGCGUGCUGAUGAAUGUCGGGCAGAUUGCGCCGUACACGGCCGCCAAGCGCGCCCUCCUCGCAGGCACCUCGCUGCAAGACGACGUCAAGACGCACAUGCUGUCCAGCCUCGUCGCCGGCACCGUGGCGACCACCAUCUGCGCCCCCGCCGACGUGCUCAAGAGCCGCGUCCAGGCGGCGAGCAGGUCCGGCGCCGGCUCCUCGACCCUCCUCCAGAUAACAACCCAAGGCCUGCGCACCGAGGGCCCCCUCUUCCUGAUGAAAGGCUGGACGCCCGCCUGGUUGCGCCUGACCCCACACACCAUCCUGACCUUCGUCUUCAUGGAGAAGCUGCAGGACCUGGUCAACUGGAGGGCCGUCGGGGCCCCGCCCGUCGAGAUCAAGGUCUGA